UAGGAGAGAAGGAUAGGGUCCCAGAAGAGAGUACAAGCCUCUCUCUCACACACACACACACAUACAAGACUCACACAUACACAUUUACGUGGGCUCCCCUGUGUACUUUGAGGAAUAGUGGAUUACUUUCCAAAUUGAACCACUCAUCAAGCAAAUCCAGGCAUGAUCAGUUGGCAGCGUGUCGGAGCGGUGUUCAACUGUGAAAUGAACCAUGGAGAGGUCCAAGAGGCCAGUCACUAGCCGAGCCAACCGCCGCACAACCACUAGCAGCAGGGGAAGCAGUAGUCCGAGGAGGACCCGCAGCAUGCAGCUGGGCCCUCACUAGCACCAAGUGGACCUGGUCCUCUCCUCUUCACCUGGGGCCGGGGCUGCAGAAUGCUCAGUCCUGUCACCCCAUACAGUCUGUUGAAGAUGCACUGGUCCCCGGAGCACACCGCCCCCUUAACUCAGUGGCCUGAGCAGCACCUAGAUGUCACCUCUACCACUUCACCGCCGUCUGCCCACAAACACGACCCCUACGCUACAGCUGGUCGCCGAGGCUAUGCCCCUGCAGGUUACCCGUGGGCCAGUGAUGACAUAUCAGCCUUAACUGCUUCUUCUCUGCUCAAACGCUACGCUGAGAAGUACUCAGGGUUGGAGCUGUCCUAUGAACGCCCUCCUACAGGGGCCUACUCAGAGCCUGGAGCUUUCCUGAAAACUGAAUCUGAGCCAUGGGCUCUGGGUCAGAGCAUGGAGUGCUACCCUGGACUGGAGGCAUUGACCGGCACCAAGGUAGGUUCUGCAUCUGUGGGCAUCCCAGCCACAGGAAGUGUGACAGUAGUCAGCAGUAACUUGGCGUCUGAGCCGGGCUACAGUGGUGCUGGCUCCUGCAAUGCCCCGUCAUCUCAGGAAUACCCUCCUGCCUACAACAGCACCUACCUGUCUUCAGGAUACUGCCCUCAGCCAAGCGCAGCACUUCCCCCUGCCCCUCUACACACAUUGCAGGCCGCACCCACUCUCGUGCCCAGCUACAGCGCCAGCACUCCUAUCUACAACUACCCUCCAGGGUGCUACCCCCAAACCAGCCUGUCCUCUGGAUACAGCCACCCCAGUGCCUCCUACCUGCCCCCUGGGAUUAGUGCCCCCACUCCUCUGGCCCCUAGGCCCACCAUGGUGGGGGGCAGUUACAGCUACCCAUCUCACAGCCUUGGAGGGAGCUCUGAGGGAGGCGCACCACUGAAACGCAAGGCCUUUGAGAUGGCAGAGGACGGACAGGAGGGAGCAGAGGUGGAGGGAUCACGCUACAGAAAGUAUGGCAACGGCCAUAGCAAAGGUCACGGCAAUGGGCACGGCAAUGGCUACGAUAUGAGCGGCUCCACCUCAGACCCGCAGGCCUACAAAUCUGGAAAGCCCAUGAUGUCCCCCCCUUACGUCGGGGCAGGGGACUACAGCCCACCAUCAGGCCUGGCAGGUGAGAGCGCGUCAGCGGAGCACACCUUCCCUCAGCAACAGAGAAUGUCUAUGAAGAUACCUGCAUCGCACACACGACCUGAAGACCCCACUGCAGGGCGCUGACAGCACCGGUCGGCAUUUGAGAGGAUUCGCUCGCCCUUUGAAAACCAACCAGGGUUCUUUUUGGGUGAACAAAAUUGGAUAGUCAAUGAAAGGUUUUUAUUUCACUUUUGAAAAACAAGAAGGCACAAGACUGGUAUUUCUUGUGCAUCUUUAAAAUGUUCACUAUUCAUAUUUUUCCAAAGAUUCACGGGGGGCAUUUUGCCCUCUAAGGUUGAGGUAAGUUAGGGGUGAGGUCGAGGCAUUCUCUACAUAGAUAGCAUUAAGACAGUCUAAAUGUAUGAGUGUCUGUUUCUCUCAGGAUCCUAUUUAUGUCCUUUGGCUACUGCGGCAGCAGCACUGCAUCUGCAACGUAACUGUUGUAAAAGUAGGUGUAAUUAUUUGUGGCCGUUAUGUAUGAAAAAGGCCUUUGACUGCAAUACGUUCUACCACACCACAAAAAUCAUUACCGACCAAAAAGUAAGGAAAGCAAUAACUGAAAUGGUGAGACGACCAUACUACUUCAGCACAAUCACUGCUACUUUACACAGCUGACUCCAAGGCUCGGUGUGUCACCUGGCCUCGAGAAAUUAAUGUUUCCCCGCUCAUCCCUGGCUUUCCCCCUACCUUUACUCAUUCUUUCAGUUUCCUUAACCCCUUCUUUUCAUGUUCUUUAUCUUAUUCUGUCCCAGUGUCCUGCUUCUUGUUCUCAACCCUUUUCCUUGCUGAACAACUUUUGUUUUUGUCCAGUUUAUACAUAACAAGCUGCUUAUCAAAUGAUUACAUAGUCUACACGAAGCCGCCCCUUUAAAAUUGUUUUCACGUAAAGAAAGAGUGGGGAAAUAAUCUCAGAUUUUAUGUUCAUUUAAAAAUGUAUUUAGCAUUCAUACCAUGACAGCAUAAGAGUAUAUUCAGAUCAUCUUCAAAGCAUGUUGUUUGCUUGUAUGUUUGUUGAUCCUAAAACUAACAGGAAAGUAUCUGCGAAUAAUGGUGCAGCUCACACAUUUAAGAUUCAAACUAUUACAAGAAACAAUGACUACACAAAUCAACAGAACAACCAAAAAACAAAAAAACUAUGCUUAAGUCUGCAUUCUGCUAAAAUUCACUCAGAGUAAACUGUGUAAAGGUCCAUAAGCCUGUUUGUUACUUCUGUUUGGAUGCACAGCCCAGACUGAGAGGAACGCAAUUUUAAAAUGACUUUCUUUAUGAAGAUUUACCUGCUUGUCUGCUACGGGAUUUACUUUUUUUUAUGCAUUCUCUUUACUUUUGCCUCUGAAAAGGAUGAUUAUAUAGUCGUGUUAUUGAAUACUCAGGAAGAAUUUUGUUACCUCAGAAUGAUGAAAUAAGAAUGUAUGUUAUUACCUUCGGGUGUUUGUAGGGAGCUUUAUGGAGCAAGAUGAAAACGGAGCCAUGGCUUUUAUUAAGAGCGAAACAUACUCUGAACACUUCAGGGAAACAAUGAACUUACAAGGCCUUGAUACUAACAGUAGAAAACAUGUACAAAAACACACACACACGCACACGCACACACACACACACACACACACACACACACACACUGCUUCUUAGCUCUGGGAAAAAAACUUGAGGUUUUUGUACCAAGGCCUGAAAUGUUGAAUGUAAUUCAGAUAUUUUUCUUAAAAAGGACAAUACAUGCCAUAUUGUACAUCAAUGAUGUUUUUAGAUAUAUGAAACAUAUUUUCUUCAUGUAUAGAUGUAAUUCUCUUCUAGGUUUUGGUGGAAAAAUGAAUGACAUGUUCAGUGUUAGUGUAGUUAGCAGUGGGGAAACAGUGUUUGUGGACAAACUGUCAAAAUAAAGCACUCCUGAUUAACAACUUUUGACAUAUCAAGAUAUACACAUAUUACAGUAUAUGCUCUAUAGUAGGUAUGUUUAAUAAAUGUCUUAAUAAAGUGUUCAAUCUCCAUUUUUCAAUAUCAGUAUUUUAAAACCGCUUGACACAGUGUCACCAAUUAAUCAGCUUGAUUUGAGCUCUAACACGAAUCGACACCAUGAAGAAGGGAGAGGUUUCAAAUGUAUGUGCACUAUCAGAAAAUAUGUAGUUACAACUGUAAAUCUUUUUUUUCAGUGUUGUAGCUUUCUUGCUACACUAUGCCAUCCCUACAUAGGUUAUGCCAUACAAAUAUCUCUUUUGCAAAAUUAAACAUAACCAAACUCUUAACUAACAGCAUGCCCAGAGAGUGGAUCCCCAUACAUAGAAAGAUUUAGGGUGUAAUGCCGCUUCAGAUUUAGUCUGGAAAAAGUAUUUUAAUUUGGAAAUGUAAACGCGUGAAAUUUAACUUACUGAACAAAAAUAAAAAUAAAACGCAUCACGCAAAGAUUUAGCUUCAAAUUAUGCUGGAGAAAAAAAUACAUAUUAAUAAAAAGGUGUUACACUAAUAAUAAUGUACUCUUACCCCCAGAUUUUAAAAGUAUUUAAGCGCUUAGCUACAACAAUUAGAUGCUCUUCAGUGUCAAACAAAAAAUGUGAUCUACAUUAACUUACACACUGCAACAACAGUAUUUGCUGUUUCUUGGUGUAACUCUGAUUCAUUGAAGUAAGUGGAGUUGAAUUAGUCCAACUGAUGGAAAAUGGCAUUUCAGCGUUAUCUUCUUAAUCCAGUUGUACUUUUGUUGUAUCUUGUGUUCUCUGUAACCAUUUCUACCUCAUUUUGAAGACAUUGUACAUGGAAAUAUUUAUUUCAUGUCAUUUCACUUGCCAUUUUAAGGAGCAAUGUUUCUAAUUCUUGACCUGUUAAAGUCUACCUCACUAAAGACUGUUGCAUCAUAAAAAUGAAGAUAUCACAACAACAACAAAAAAACCUUGACUUUUUUUUUUGUCUGUGAACGUUUGAGGUUUGAGUGUCAUUAUCAGUCACUAAAAUAUACUAUGACGAGAGCAUGACAUAUGUUCCAAAAGGUUUUCUCUUUACAGAUGUGCUGACCAUGUCCAAUGAGAGGACUCUGUUCCACUAUUUGUAUUUUCAACCAGUGAUGAUCCUGAGGUACUAUCUUUCAUUUACUGGUCCAUAUAUUUAUGAAAUUUUCCUAAUAGUUUCUUCUGAGGUUUCCCAGAAAGAGCCAUGUAAUUUGGCACUAAUUAUAUUCAAAUGGUACAAUUAAUUCCAAUUAAUUUAUCUCGAGUCUUUUACUCAGUAGACAGCAGAUUAGCUGAACAUAAUUCAACAAAUAAUAGGUGUAGAAUUUAUAUAAUAAAUUAACAAUUACAUAUUUUUUCACUUGGAUUUAAAUGGAGCAGUUAUUUCAAGAAAAUGAUUCUGAAAAGCAACAACUGGUUUCAAACUCAUCUACUACCAUUCUCAGAACAUUGUCCCCUUUUCCAUAUAAUCUGUCCAAUUUUACAUUUUAAAUUAUAAAGAAAUAAUGGACCAAUAAACCAAUUACCCAAAUCUUUAUUUCUCUUGCCGGUAAUAAUGUAUUAAUAUUUUUAGCCCAAGUUGUAACAGUGGUGAGGAAUAAGAAGGCCAUCCAUGUUAUGUUAAGACCCCAGUAGAAGCUCAAUAGAGCAUAGAA